CUGCAUUUGCCUGGUCCAUUCGAUUUCUUGACAUGUAUAGUUGAGUACACGCUUUUACGGAAAUUUAUUCAGAUACGUAAACAGUUAUCAUUGUUCGUCUGCAAUCGCUGAAAACAGUAUAUAUAGGAGGAGCGUUCGAGUGUUCUCUCACCGAUAUUAUCAACAAAAAAAAAAAAGUGGUUCUCUCAUGCACCCAGCCGGCUUGGAAAACACAAACCCUAGCUAGAUAUAUAGGUGAAUAUUGCUUUUAAUAUCCACGAGUUUGCUUGCUUCUUAUAGAGAACAGUUUUGAUCAUAUAUAGAGAACAGUACUUUCAAUCUCUUAUAGAAUCCAAUGAAGAUUAUUCAGUGGAUUAAAAAGAUGUUCCGGAAGUUGCUGGAUAAAAAGGUUGUUGAACGGCAAACUAGGCCUGAUGAUUUUUUGAGAGAGGAUCAAGAAGCUUUACUAGAAAGAAAUCCCCAUGGAGACCUACCAUGCCAAUGUUGUCUGAAGGAAAUGAAUGGCCUUAAGGAACAAGCAGCUCACAAAGACAAGGAAAUACAGUACUAUAAGAAAGCCCUUAGUUAUAAAGAUCAGGAAAUUCGAUGGCUUAAGAAUAUGAAUAUGCCACAGAAUCCACAGGGCAGACCAUGUUAUCCAGAAGAAGACAUACUUGGAGCACAUCCAUCUCAUGGAGAAAACCGUACUCCAUCGGGAUUAAAUUAGUUUUGUAGCCUAAUGGACCUCCAAUGGAACAUACAUAGCAGCUCAUGUAUGUGGAGGUACUUGUGCUCAUCUAUAUACUUGUAAACAAGUAUAUGUUAGGUCAUUAUCAGUUAUAGUAAAAUGUAAUUAAAGACAAAUGUAAUUAGAUUUAACAUGCUGAUUAUUGCCAUUAAAUGAUAAUUUCGUAGUGACUCAUAUAAGCUUCAACAUUUGAGCGAGAAGAGUAUGUGGGGUGUUAUGUUUCCUUUAAUUUUCAUUAUCACAUCCUGUUUUUUUCAU